AUAGCUAACUAGCCUGCUAACACCAGUUAGCAGGUCAUUUGUUUAUGAAGCUUUAAGUCAAAGGAAUCUACGCAAACUGACUUUUCUAAUCACCGAGAAGGGCAGGUUAGUGAUGAAGUACUCCAGCUAGAGGCUUAAAUGGUGACUUAUUCACUACAUUUCACUCCUCAGACCAGUGAAACAGCUGCGUGUUGAAGCUGGCAAAGCAUGGCGAUGACUGGCCAGAGCUCAUGCUCCUCAAUGAGUAACCACACCAAGGAACGGGUCACGAUGGCCAAAGUGACCUUGGAGAACUUCUACAGUAACCUCAUUGCCCAACAUGAGGAGAGAGAGAUGAGGCAACAAAAGCUGGAGAAGGUGAUGGAUCAGGAGGGUUUGGGUGAUGAAGAGAAACGUAUGCGGCGUUCUGAGCAUGCGAGGAAGGAGACCGAAUUUCUGCGUUUAAAACGUACCAGACUAGGCCUGGAGGACUUUGAGUCCCUGAAGGUGAUUGGCCGAGGAGCUUUCGGAGAGGUUCGUCUGGUGCAGAAAAAAGACACUGGCCACGUCUAUGCCAUGAAAAUCCUACGCAAAGCCGAUAUGCUGGAGAAAGAGCAGGUUGGCCAUAUCCGUGCUGAGCGAGACAUUCUGGUGGAGGCAGAUAGCCUGUGGGUGGUCAAAAUGUUCUACAGCUUUCAGGAUAAGAUGAACCUCUACCUCAUCAUGGAGUUCCUUCCAGGAGGGGACAUGAUGACGCUGCUGAUGAAGAAGGACACUUUAACAGAAGAGGCCACUCAGUUUUACAUCGCAGAGACGGUGCUGGCCAUCGACUCCAUCCACCAGCUGGGUUUCAUCCACAGAGAUAUCAAACCCGACAACCUCCUGCUGGACUCCAGGGGACAUGUGAAGCUUUCUGACUUUGGUUUGUGCACAGGACUGAAGAAAGCACAUCGCACAGACUUCUACAAAAAUCUGAACCACAGCCUGCCCAGUGACCUCAGUAAGCAAACUUUCCAGAACAUGAACUCCAAGAGGAAAGCAGAGACUUGGAAGAGGAACAGGAGGCAGCUGGCCUUUUCCACUGUGGGAACGCCAGACUACAUCGCUCCAGAGGUCUUCAUGCAGAACGGAUACAACAAGCUCUGUGAUUGGUGGAGCCUGGGGGUCAUCAUGUAUGAGAUGCUGAUAGGUUACCCUCCAUUCUGCUCAGAGACGCCUCAGGAGACGUACAGGAAAGUGAUGAACUGGCGAGAGACUCUUACUUUUCCUCCAGAAGUGCCAAUAUCAGAGAAGGCCAAAGACCUCAUUCUCAGGUUCUGCUGUGAGGAGGAACACAGGAUCGGUGCUUUAGGGGUCGAGGAGAUCAAAACCAACCCUUUCUUUGAGGGGGUGGACUAUGACCACAUAAGAGAGAGACCUGCAGCUAUUCCCAUAAAUAUAAAAAGCAUCGACGACACCUCCAACUUUGACGAGUUCCCUGAUUCAGACAUCCUGACACCAGCAGUCACGCAGGUGUCCAAUCAGACAGAGGCCGACCUGAAGAACAAGGACUGGGUCUUCAUCAACUACACCUACAAACGCUUCGAGGGCCUGACCGCCCGAGGGGCCAUACCGUCCUACAUGAAGACAGGGAAGAGAUGAAUCCCAAAUGACUCGUCCAGCCCCCUGCUGUGCUCGAGGAGACGUAUGCCACCUGAGUGACGAGGCACUCUGCAAAUGACAAAGGACUCAUCUUCAUCGUUGCUUUCCAUAGGAACUCUGUUUCACCGUUAGAAACAUGCUGCCUUCACUUUAAUCCUCCUGAGGGUACCUUCCAUCUUCUGCUCAUGUCAUGAGCCUGAACUGGAAUUAAAAUAAUUCUAUCCACUUCUUUUUUUUUUUUUUCCUUCACCAGUGGAUGUAGUCGGAUGUCUUUUACUCCUGUUGACCAGCAUCAUUUACAUUCCCUCUCUGCAAACCAGCACCAGUCUGUUGGUUCUGCCAAGGGCUCUUAUCCUUCUGAACCAGAACCUCCUCGCCGUCUGCUGUUUCAUGUUGACUCUUCAACUCAAGCAUUGAAUCAAAGCGUCACUUGAAGUGAAUCAGGUGCUCUUCAGGGAUUCUGUCCAAAUGUUUCCUGUCGUUUCCUCUGAGGCUUCUUAAGGUGACCAAACCAAAGACUGUUGGCUGAAUGGCGAUUCUGCUUGACCUCCAUCACCCAACCCUUUUUUUUUUUUUUUUUUGCAAUUUGGAGUUUGUACUUUUUACAGAUUUUGAGAUUUGCACAAUUUGCUCUUUUCAAAAGUAUGAAAAUAGGAGAAUUCUGCAUUUUGUGGAGGAAAAAAAAACAAAACAACCACAAGUCUUGUUGCAUUUUCACAGUGACACAUGUAUGUACAGGAACCUUCAGCACCUUAAGUGAUGUGGAUGAAACUGGUGUACAGUCCGGCCUGCAGCGCGUUGGACCGUGUUUUUAGGUUUGCUGUUUUUAAAUUAUCAAUGAAUCUCACUUUUAUUUCCUAAAUUUCUUCUUUUUUUUCUUAUUGUCCAAGCAGCUGUCUAAAAUUGAAGUUUAUUUAAUGUGAAAGUAUUUGAGAGCUUUGAACCAGCAAAUUUUCAUUUCUUUAAAAGUGACCUAAAAGGAAUAUUUGAAGACAAACUGUUUAAGUUGGUGGUUUGAUUGAUUCAGUAAUCGGAGCUCUCCACGUAUGUUUGGCUUUAGUUAAAUUUAGCUGCAGUUUCGAUUUUUAUUUCCAGAUUAGUCUUUAUUCAGUUUUCCAUACUUUGAUGGAGAACCUCCUUGAUUUGUUUUUUUUUCUAAGCUGCUUUAGUAACCAGAAUGCAGCUGAAACUCCCAGCAGCCUCCGAGUCGAGGCUUCUGCUCACAGGUUUUAUGGUCAAAUGAGGCAGAAAAUAUGAACCCGGAUGAGAAGACUUAAUAUCCAACCAAAAGGAAAGGCGUCUGUGAUAGAUGCAGCCUAUUUGGGAAUAAAUGUGGGGGUUUUUUUUUGGUUGUCUUUUUUUUCUAAACAAAUGCACAUGAUUGUACAUGUGGCACAGUGGUGCGAUCUCCCCUCCGACCUGCGGUCCGGUUCCGUUUGUUUCCUGUUCCAGCUGCGUCCCAUCAGAUUUGGUUCAACUUCCCCGACGUCGUGCUGUUGUUGCUUUUGUUUUUUUCCUUUCUCUCCCGUCGCUUCUUCAGGUCAUGCCUCUGAAAACGUGCACGUGAGGCGCUUUGUUUUACGUAACUCGGCAUCUUCAGUUGACUUGACGAUGCCGCCGCAAACAUCCGGCGUGGACGUGCGCGUGCAAGCACAGGGCUCAACAUUUUCCAGUGAACACAAUAUCCAAAAUGCUGUCAUUGAAAAUGAAUGUAAAUGAAGUUUUAUGCAGUCACGAGUUUUCUUUUCUUUUUUUUCUUUUUUUUUUUUUUUUAAAUAACCAUGAUUACUUUGAAAAUGCUGUUGCUGUAAAUGAAGCCUGGACUUUUCAUGUUUUCUUUUUAUUUGAAGUCUUUGUCACAUGAGGUAUGUUGCUAGAGUGGAGGGUCGCUCCUGCCAGACCACGACCUCGACACACAGGAAGAUGCGUGUCAGAGUAAAGAGUCGGUCGGACAUCUUUCCAUGUCAUUUUACAAAGCUUUCGUGGCAGAAACGGCCCUCCUUCAGCUGAGUCUGAGGCUGUUUCCUUGUCUGUAAUGUAGCAUGUAGACGAAGAGCAGCACGUUUUAGAGGAGCAUGCAGUGGAGCUUUUUUUUUUUUUACUUUUCUCUUGUGGCACAAGUCUUUGUUUUUAAACAGACUGCUGUUUUCCACAUGCAUUAACCAAACGGCGGAAGCUUAAAGCAAUAGCGUGCAUGGAGUGACUUGUUCUUAUCGGUGAUGCCGUGUGGGUGAGGAUGUGAUCAGGAUGGGUAAGUGAUGCUGACCUGGAUGAUGUUUUCUGCAAGGUCAUGUGUGUACAUGCUGUUGUGUGGCCGUGUAACACGUGUGCUCUGAGUGGGAGUGAGGGGCUCUGGGAAUGUGGGUGUACGUUAUUUAAACCACUGUACUCUGUGUAGUUUGUAUGCCUGUUGUAUUGUUUUCUGCUAUUCGACAAUGAAUUACUCUGCACUUAA